GCGGCGGGCCACUCUGCGGCGAGGCCCCCUCCGGCCCGGUUGCGGGGGGGUGGGGGCGGGAGCGGCGGCGGGGGCGCGCACGCCGGGCGGUGGGGCGGGCGCGGGGGCGCGCACGCCGGGCGCGGCCGUUGCUAAGGGGCCGUAGAUCAAGACAAGAGGAAAGAGGAACGUCCUAAAAUGUCACCUGAAGUUGCCUUGAACAGAAUUUCUCCUGCUCUUUCACCCUUCAUUUCCAGUGUGGUCAGAAAUGGAAAAGUAGGCUUGGAUGCUACUAAUUGUUUACGUAUUACAGACUUGAAAUCUGGCUGUACAUCCUUGACUCCUGGACCUAGCUGUGAUCGGUUUAAGCUGCAUAUCCCUUAUGCUGGAGAAACACUCAAAUGGGAUAUAAUUUUCAAUGCUCACUAUCCUGACCUGCCACCGGAUUUUAUCUUUGGAGAGGACGCUGAAUUUUUGCCAGAUCCUUCUGCCUUGCAUAAUUUAGCUUCUUGGAAUCCUUCAAAUCCUGAAUGUCUGCUGCUUGUUGUGAAAGAGCUCGUGCAGCAGUAUCACCAAUUUCAGUGCAGCCGAUUGCGUGAGAGCUCGCGUCUCAUGUUUGAAUAUCAAACUUUACUUGAAGAGCCCCAGUAUGGAGAAAACAUGGAAAUCUAUGCUGGCAAAAAGAACAACUGGACUGGUGAAUUCUCAGCUCGCUUCCUCUUGAAGUUGCCUGUAGAUUUCAGCAAUAUUCCUACAUACCUUCUCAAGGAUGUGAAUGAAGAUCCUGGAGAAGAUGUUGCACUUCUCUCCGUUAGUUUUGAGGAUGCAGAAGCUACUCAGGUUUUUCCUAAGCUGUAUCUCUCCCCGCGUAUUGAACAUGCACUUGGAGGAUCAUCUGCCCUUCACAUACCAGCCUUUCCUGGUGGAGGUUGUCUUAUUGACUACGUACCCCAAGUAUGCCAGCUACUAACAAACAAGGUACAAUACGUUAUUCAGGGAUACCAUAAGAGAAGAGAGUAUAUCGCAGCCUUCCUGAGUCACUUUGGAACUGGCGUGGUGGAAUAUGAUGCAGAAGGCUUCACAAAGCUUACUCUGUUGCUGAUGUGGAAAGAUUUUUGCUUCCUUGUUCACAUUGACCUUCCCCUGUACUUUCCUCGAGACCAGCCAACCCUAACAUUUCAGUCAGUCUACCACUUCACUAACAGUGGACAGCUGUACUCCCAGGCUCAGAAGAAUUACCCUUACAGCCCACGCUGGGAUGGCAAUGAAAUGGCCAAGAGAGCAAAGGCGUAUUUCAAAACAUUUGUCCCUCAGUUCCAGGAGGCAGCAUUCGCUAAUGGAAAGCUUUAGGUAGCCUCGGGCAUUGAGAUGAUACUGGACAGAUCUCUUCAGUCUACGCUUGUCAGCACACAAGAAGAAUUCCUGGAAACGGGCUGGACUGGCUUGAUAAUUUCUAGCCUCUGAAACGGAUUUGGUAGCUUCAGUUUUUGUCAAAUUGAUGAAACGAUGACCUCAGCUAGCACGCUCAAAACCGAGUGUUUGAUAUUCAUCCCAUCCCUUUGCCUCUGCCACUGCCAUUCCUUCACAUAUCUACUGGAUUAAAUUUAAAAGCGUGUGUUUUGAUGUGAUAACAUUUUCUGGUGCCAACAGUGUCCUAUAUGUCAUACCUUGUUUGCUUGUCUUCAGAGGGUGUUAAUUGGAUUUUUUUUUUUCACAGAAAUUUGUGAAAUUUGUAUAUUUAGUUAACAUUUCCAGCUUAUCCUGAGAAAAUCUAAAACUGCCGUAUGUACCAGAAAUGCCUAAUGGACUGUACAGUGCCAUAUUCUGCCUUGGAUGUUGGCAUCUCACCGUGGUUCUUCUUCUCACAGGUAUGAGUAUGAGUUGCACAGUUCAAUUCUCAGUGCCUUUCAACUUGGUCUGAUACUAAUAUGGCAGGGGUUUGGAGCUGUGAUUUUUUUAAUUAUUAUUAUUAUUUCAGUUGAAAGCUCAUCUUAUAUUAAGUCCUGUGCUUUUAUGCUUUGUUUUUAUUUCCAGUUGCACACUUUCAGUGUUUUACUAAUGAACUCCCUUUGCUUUUAUGAAAAAGUUUUAGUACUCCAGUACAAAUGCUCAUAGAGCUAGUUAUAUAAAUUGGUAUAACAAAAUAAUGCUCUCUCGUAGACCUGUAAUUUUUCCAAGUAAGAUAAAUACUGCUAAGAAAAAAACUUUGAACAAACGAGUGAGCGAUGUCUUGGAAAAUAACUAAUGAAAUAAUGUAGGGUUAUAGAUAGUUAGCUUAAUGCUUAAGUUCAACAUGUCUUCUCAGAAAUAAUGUAAGUGUAUAUAACUGGAAACAUUACCUCCCCUCAGUCUUAAAUGCCAAAUGCAAAAUUCCACCUAUUCAUCCUUUCUUUCAUGCUCGUGUCAGGCGCACCAGUUAGGGCUAACGGACACGGUGUCACUUCCCAAAUUAAUUUGUAAAUAGACAUGGGGACUUUCCAGUAAGGAAUGAAAUGAGCGGUCUGCGUUGCUUAUAAAUGGCACAUGGAAAAUGUGCCCCACUUCUGCUAAAUAUAAGGAACUAAAUGAAUAGUAUGCAGAUGAUACAGUGGCACUGAAAAACAUUGCAUUUGAAAAUAUUCACCAUAUCACCACUAUCUGCUCGUGUAAUGAAAUCUCAUCAAAUUAAUGGAUUGGCAGUGUUGUACCCUUUGUAAAACUUGUUAUUGUACAUUAGAAUCACAGCUUUCCAGUGGGAUGUCCACCUAGGGGAUAUGGAUGGGUCUUGAGCAGUGAAGCUUAAUAAUUAAAAAUUAUGCAAAUUAGUUGCCUCUAGAAACUACAGGUAUUUUUAGCUAGUUUAUAGGCAAAAUCUUAGUUUAUGUUUAAUACUGAAGUUCUUGACUGGAAAUUAAGCUGCAAACAAAAUCAGAGUUGUUACUGCAAAUUACUGAGAAAGGGGACAUGUUCUGUCCUGUGACCCAUCUCCAUGUGACUGCUGCUGCAUUAUCUGAGGGCUGUAAACAGCUCCAAAGGUCUGAGGCUGAAUUCUCCCCGUGGAGGCAUCGCAUUAGGCUUUUGCAUGCAAACCAAGUCUUACAGCAGAUGUGGAGGGAAAUGGCUUUGUGUGUCAAGCAAAAAACAUAGCUGAACAAGCUCAAAUGACUGAAAACAGGCAUUGCUUAGUGUAUUGGGACAAUCUCAAAUCUGCAUUUCUUCAGGUAAAAAUCAAAGCCUCACACACAUACGAAUAAGCUAACUCUUGUGAAUUGGGAGGGAAAAGGAGGACAGAUAAGGAAAAGCGUUCAAAGUCUUAUAGUAACAAUCUCUAUUACCUUCAAAAGGAAAAACAAAACUCAAGUUGCAUCAGUAGAUCCCUGGAACCUUACGUUUUAUAGCACUGUCUUUGAUUCAGUGUUGCAAUGACUGCCCCAUGAACUUAAUUGAUUGCCCAAGUGGCACCAGUACUUUUUUAAUCUUUUCAGACAUUGCCAAGAUGCUUUCAAAGGCUACCAAUUCCAAAAUGAUCCAAAAGGAGUUGCACUCCUGGAUGAACAUUUUCAACCAAAAAUGCAUCCUUCACCUCAGUCCUCAGAAUUCUGGACUGUUGUAGUACUAAGGUCUACGUGUUCCAGGAGCCAUGUAAGAGAGGACUUUGAGGAUAUAGUAAGCCUAAAUCAACAAUUCCUCAUGUUAUUCAAUAACUUUAUACCAACUUUUCACUAGCAUGUAUGGAAAUAAGCCAAUGGUUUCAGUUUUAAUUUUACCUCUUGCAGCUGGUACUAUUUGGCCAAAAAAAAUGAGGUAGAAGGGUUGAGAAACUGAUCCGUUUGUUUUUGAGAUAGUCUGCAAGCCUAACAAUUUUCAGGUUAGAAAAAAAGGCAUUUUGCUUGUUCUGAAUGAGCAUUUUCUUUAUUUCAAAGCCACCCUGCACUCUGACGCACCCAGCAGUAGUUUAUGGAGGAGCCCUUCCUGGGUUGUUCUCAGGGUGGUUUGUGGGUGUUAGACCAGUACAGGUAGGGCGUUAGGAGGAAGGACGUGGAAAUGAGCAAGCUCUUCUCUUCAGAUUAUGUAUAAAUGCUAAAUCAGAAAGGAGAUUUAGUCUGGAUAAUUUCAUACCAAAUCAAGUAUGGAUUGAAGCAAUUUAAGUUAGCCACAGGAGCUGUGAUCUGAUAAGGUGGAGUUAACUCUGUCAUACUCUGUUUUCUGAUAAUAGCCAUUAUGGCCACUUUAAUGGAGAUGAAACUUUCGGCUCUUUCUCUCCCAUUAUGUGAUAUAUGCAAUUAAAAGGAGCAGUUGGACCUAAGCUGAUUCCUGUGGUUUCUUAGAACAACAAAACAGGAGAAAAACAGGGAUGUUACAAACAUGCUGAAAAGCCUCAGUUCUACUCUGUCAUGAUUUUAAUUGAUAGAACGCAGUAAGCCUGUAUUUACUAUUCCCCAUCAGUGUACAACUUUCUGACAGUCCUUCAAAGUGUAGAUGUAAGAGUCGAGCUUUAUUCGUCUGUAUGCGUUGCAUCCACUGUGCUAGAGGUAAUACCAAAACUUUUAGACUCCAAGUUUAUUUUGUGAACUUGCUGAAAAGACUGGACAAGCAGCUGGAAGAAUAAAUAAAAGUUAACAAUA